AUGGUCGACUAUUCCGUAGAACUGUCCACCAGAUCAUUCGUAGCAAGAUAUGCUGGUUCAAACCUUCGUCGUCAUGCUACUCAACCAGACAUCAACGUUGCUGUGAACCGAAUUGUGCCAUCAAACGAAAAUCAGAUAUGUGAAUUAAGUGUUAAUGAAACAUAUGUAAGAGUUGCACAAAUUAAACUAAUAUUAGAAUACCAUUUUCACGACCAGAGGUACAGUCAUCCGUACCCGUUUUAUGUUUUGAUAAAUGGAAAUCGAUUUGAUAUGGAUGUAGAAGGCUGCGUGGAUUUAACUAUUCGACAGCCAGGUUUCUUAGUUCAAAAAUACAAACUCGAUAUGUUUUAUGAUGUUCUGCCAAUGACCGACAUGGAUUAUGACACUCUCUUGCGUAUUCAUGCCAUGAUUAAUGAGAAUGCAGACGAACAGUCUCUAGCAAUUUAUAAUCCAGUACUUUGUUUGCGCUCGAAAUUAAGCGACAUAGAUCAAUGGGCCGAAAGUUUUUCAGAACCCAUCCAUCUUACAAAUGCUCCUUUAUCGAAAACUCAUUUAUUGCGACUUAGAUAUGGAAAAGAAGAUCGUGUAGCACCCUUACCAAUAGAUGUGAAAUGCUAUUUUAAUCAUCCAAGUCUAGCACACAUAAAAACUGACAUUUAUUUGAUACGUAAUAUAAUGCCAUUUCAACAAUCUGAAAAUGAAUUCUAUGAGCCAGAUAGAAAUUUAAAUAAAAUUGUUCAUUAUUUACAAAGACAAGACAAUAGCAAUAUAUUCAGGUUAGAAGAACAUUUUAUAUAA